CUGAAACUAGGAUUACCAGAUUACCAGAUGAGAAUCCAGCGUUUUUAAUCGCCCGGUCAGCCGAACGUAGGGUCAAGUCUCAGUGGCAGAUAAAAAAUCACAACAGAUUUGUGCCAUUUCCGCAGUGGACAUUGGGUGCAGUUAAGACGACCAUAC